UUUGAGGGGGGACCAAUCGGAACGCAGAUUGAUAUACUUGGCUCUAUCAAACGAGGACUAUCUCUCAUCACACCCCUGCCAACUAUAAACAAAAGAUAUUACAUAUUUUAAUCGUGUAGCCUACAUAAUUUUCCGUUGUGUGUAAUCGCAAUUAAACAAAUAUCUUGUAUAACGACGUUUCCUCAGAUUUGCGAUUUAUUAGGGAAACAAUCGUAAUCUCGGCGCAAAAAUUAUUUAACCUCGCAAACAUGGAUGAUGAUGACCAUUAUCCAAGCGGUUACGAUGAUCAUUAUCAAAGUGGUUCCUUCCCCAAAGAUUUUGGAUAUGCGCCAUUCGAUGGAGAAACUGAAGGGUCCAUGGAUCCAUUAGCAGGGGAACAGAAGCCUAGAAUUCUUCUGAUGGGUCUCAGACGUAGUGGCAAGUCGUCGAUACAAAAGGUGGUUUUCCACAAAAUGUCACCAAACGAGACAUUAUUCUUAGAAAGUACAAAUAAAAUAAUUAAAGACGAUAUAAGUAACUCGAGCUUUGUACAAUUUCAAAUAUGGGAUUUUCCUGGGCAAAUCGACUUCUUUGACCCUACUUUUGACAGUGAUAUGAUAUUUGGUGGUUGCGGAGCAUUGGUGUUUGUGAUAGAUGCUCAGGAUGAUUACAUGGAGGCGCUUAAUAAACUUCAUAUAACGGUUACAAAGGCAUACAAGGUUAAUCAAGCGAUCAAGUUUGAGGUUUUUAUUCAUAAAGUUGAUGGAUUAUCGGAUGACUGUAAGAUGGAAACACAGAGGGAUAUUCACACGAGAGCCAAUGAUGAUUUAGCGGAUGCUGGAUGUGAUCAGAUACAUUUGAGUUUUCAUUUAACUUCAAUAUAUGAUCAUAGUAUAUUUGAAGCGUUCAGCAAAGUUGUUCAGAAAUUAAUACCACAGCUGCCUACCCUAGAAAAUUUACUCAAUAUACUCAUAUCGAAUUCUGCAAUUGAAAAGGCGUUUUUAUUUGAUGUCGUCUCAAAAAUUUAUAUCGCAACUGAUAGUUCACCUGUUGAUAUGCAAAGUUAUGAACUAUGUUGUGAUAUGAUUGAUGUUGUUAUUGAUGUUUCUUGCAUAUAUGGAUUAAGAGAGGAUUUAGAAGCUGCAGCAUUUGACAACCAAAGUUCCAGUCUAAUCAAAUUAAAUAAUGGUACAAUCUUAUAUUUGCGCGAAGUGAAUAAAUUUUUAGCUUUGGUCUGUAUCUUACGAGAAGAUAAUUUUGAUAGACAAGGUGUGAUCGAUUAUAACUUUCUUUGUUUUCGCAAGGCUAUACAACAAGUAUUCGAAUUGCGAAAUAAAGCGUUGGCCGCGACAAACGCAAACAACCACUCCUCCUCUCCCGUUAGUGCAAAUGAAACGUCAAAUGUUUCCACAGUAUCGCAAACUGGAACUAUCGGACAAAACGGUACUGUCGUAAUUGGGCAGAGUUAAUUUUCAUGUGCAAAUCUUCCUUCCUGUAAUAUUACGAAUUGGCAACGAUAUUUUUUAUCUCGUCGUGUAAGGCAUAAGAUGAAUUUAGAAUAACGAAUUGUUCCUCGUAUUGAUACCAGCGUAAAUAGGAAAAAGUUUGUUCAUAUUCACUCAAGG